AUGUUCAGUGUCUUCUUCUGUUCCGCAGAGAUCUGCCUGAUUUUCAGCGCUAUGUACCAUCUCAUGGGAUGUCUCUCACAUGAGAGGGAACAAUUCUGGCACCGACUGGAUCUGCUAGGGAUCGUGAUCGUCACCGUUGGCACUUUCAUCCCUGGAAUCUACUAUAUCUUCAACUGCGAACCAACUCUGCAGAAGAUUCAUUGGAUUAUUGUUGUAUUUUGCGGAUCUGCCACCGCGGCUCUCAUCUCCAUACCCAAGUUCAGGACGUUGCGAUGGCGUAAAGUGAGGGUCGGCGCCUACAUAGCGCUCGGUGCAUCUGCUUUUAUCCCCUUGCUGCACGGCGUACAGGUCUAUGGGUUAGAAUAUAUGCUCGAGUAUUCAGGCAUGGAAUGGUAUCUUGCUGAGCUCCUUCUGUACGGAGGGGGCUGCGGCUUUUAUGCAGUACGAACAUCUCGUCCCCCCCCCCGGCCUUUCCAUGUUGAGGGAGCCACCUCUGACCUAGGAAAACAGUUCCGAAUCCCUGAGCGCUUUGCACCAGGCUAUUUCGACAUCUGGUUAAGCUCACAUCAGAUCUUCCAUCGUGCCUUGUAA